GUGUGACUGCAAACAGGUGUGCAGAUCUGUAAUACAGGAAUAAACAAUGACACUUGGCACUGAUCUAUUGCUCUGCACUUCCAAAACAUGCUGUCUCCAUGAGCUAACACAGCCAGGGAAAGAUCAGGAAGGAAGCACCGUAAAAAUCCUGGGUUUGUCUCUUUGUGAUGGGUUUUGGUUUUGGUUGGCUUUUUUAUUUAUGAUCAAGGAAAUAGAAGUAGAGGACUUGACCAGAUUUGCUGCAGGUCAUGGAGCAGCACUUCAAGUAAGAGCUAACAACUGCACAGCUCCUCCCUGCCUGCCCUGCUGCUGCCCUUCCGGGAGCAUCACCCACGGAGCCUGAUGAGGGCAGGAAGUCCCUCUGCUGGGAAGCUGUUGAGGGAUAAUUCCUCUGUCUUCCCACAUCUGCCAUCUCAAGAUUUUGGAGCACAUCUCAUGCAUGCUUGCAGCUGCUGGAGCCAAGGACGGCUGCAGUCCCUGGAGAAGAGCAGCCUGGCAGACCCUGCUUUGCUCAUGGCUGAGAGUUCAGUGCCCAAAGUCUGCUAUUUUUCUGUGUCUGCAAUACCUCUUGCACUCUGAACAAAGUUCCAGCAACAAGUUCCUUUUGGAGCAAAAUGUCAUGACCUGGUUUUGGGAACAGCAUCAAUCAUGGUACAAAAGGAGAAGAAUCUGGCAAGUUUUGUAACCUUUUAAAUGAGCUGGUUUUUUUUUUUUUUUUCCCCUUCAGUGCCCAGGAAGUGGGUGAGUUAAAACAUGCAAUAGAUGUGUGAUUCAUUUUGGCAAGCCAAGCUGCUCAAGGCAGCUGAGGGAAUCUCCUGCACCCUGUGUCACAAGUCCUUGAGUAAUUAGCAGCAGCUAAUGGUCAUGGCAGCUCUGGCAGGACCCCUCUCCUUAAUGAGCCCAGCACAGGGAAGCACAGGUGGUGCACACCGAGCAACCCUGGAGAGAGAAUCACAGGACUGGACUCUAGGGCAUGGUCCAGCAGCUAAGCAGAUGCUUCAAGGGGAAGAAUCUGGCCCAGAAUGUCCAUCCUGGUCAGUGCUGUGUGGGAGGGCUCUUCCUUGCAAGCUGUAGUAGUUUAUUUUUGUGUGUAGCCUGCCUUGAGGCCAAGACUUUGAGUAAGGGAGGAAACACUCAGCUAAGUGCUGCUGAGAUCUCAUUGGCUAAUAUGGGAGUAUGCUGAUCUUCCAGGAGCAAACAUAAACAUGUUUUCAGUGUUCAUCUCCUGUUUUGUACUCUUAGUUACCUUUCCUGUAUUGCAGCAUCUGGUUAGCUCUUAUUUGGCUUUUAUUAGUAGUAACUGACGUGUAGGGGGAGGAACAGAAACUGGUACUUGAUCAGCAGUCUUGGAAGCAGUGACACCACCUGAGGAAGUCUGCAAAAGGUGAUCAAGCAGCAGCAAUCACAUCUCCUUUAUGGAUUCAGGCUAGCAGGAACAGCCUGGUGGGGUCCAUCUUGGAUAGACGCGGAUGAUGCCAGAGCUAUGACAGGGAUUGCAGUCUUGGCACUGAGGGGUGAUCAAUUAUGGAACAACUACAGGAGGAAGUACCUGAGGUCAAGGAAGAGGAAGAGGAAGAGGCAGUGAUGGUGGCAAGCGGAGCCUCAGACCCAACUGGAGGACCAGACAGCUCGCUGCCUUCAAGCAGCUACACAGACCUGUCACAGAGCUCCUCUCCCUCGCUGUCGGACCAGCUGCAGCUGGGCAGCGACGAGGCGGCGCUGGGAGCGCUGAACGUGGAGUGCAGGGUCUGCGGAGACAAAGCCUCGGGCUUCCACUACGGCGUGCACGCCUGCGAGGGCUGCAAGGGUUUCUUCCGCCGGACGAUCCGCAUGAAGCUGGAGUACGAGAAGUGUGAGAGGAGCUGCAAGAUUCAGAAGAAGAACCGAAACAAGUGCCAGUACUGCCGCUUCCAGAAAUGCCUCUCGCUGGGCAUGUCACACAACGCAAUCCGAUUUGGGCGCAUGCCAGAGGCAGAGAAGAGGAAGCUGGUGGCAGGGCUGACAGCGAGCGAGAUCGGCUGCCAGAACCCACAGGUGGCUGACCUGAAAGCUUUCUCCAAGCACAUCUACAACGCCUACCUGAAGAAUUUCAACAUGACCAAAAAGAAGGCAAGAGGUAUCCUGACCGGGAAGGCCAGCAGCACCCCACAGCCUUUUGUGAUCCAUGACAUGGACACCUUGUGGCAGGCAGAGAAGGGGCUGGUGUGGAAGCAGCUGGUGAACGGCAUCCCCCCCUACAAGGAGAUUGGGGUGCACGUCUUCUACCGCUGCCAGUGCACCACGGUGGAGACUGUGCGCGAGCUCACCGAGUUCGCCAAGAGCAUCCCCAGCUUCAUCGGCCUCUACCUGAACGACCAAGUGACUCUGCUCAAGUACGGGGUGCACGAGGCCAUCUUCGCCAUGCUGGCCUCCAUCAUGAACAAGGAUGGGCUGCUGGUGGCCAACGGGAACGGCUUCGUGACCCGCGAGUUCCUGCGCAGCCUGCGCAAGCCCUUCAAUGAGAUCAUGGAGCCCAAGUUUGAGUUUGCUGUCAAGUUCAACGCGCUGGAGCUGGAUGACAGUGACCUGUCGCUGUUUGUGGCUGCCAUCAUCCUGUGCGGAGACCGCCCUGGCCUGAUGAACGUGAAGCAGGUGGAGGAGAUCCAAGACAGCAUCCUGCGAGCGCUGGAGUUCCACCUGCAGUCCAACCACCCGGAUGCCCAGUACCUCUUCCCCAAGCUGCUGCAGAAGAUGGCUGACCUGCGACAGUUGGUGACAGAGCACGCCCAGCUGGUGCAGAAGAUCAAGAAGACAGAGACAGAGACAUCUCUGCACCCACUUCUGCAGGAGAUCUACAAGGACAUGUACUAAGGACCUGUUAUUUAUGAGAAUGAAGCCAUGGAUUCCCAUCAAGACUCUUUGUACAGAAACAAAGAAAACCUUUCCCAGUGUCUUCCAUUUCUCCUACUGGAAACUCUUUUCUAUGUGACCCUGACAUACGGUACAUAGGGCAAGAUGCCUCCUGCUCAGCCAGGGCUUCCGUUAACACACACUAACAAAUCUGCAAAGCUGCUGUUCCCGUUCCUGUGGCCCAGCUCUGGCUGCUCCCGGAGCGGCUGCCCAGUUUACAUGGCUCAGGCGGUGAGGUCACCGUGGCACCUCGGGUCCCCAGGGUGGGGAGCUCUGGUCCUUAGGAGGGCCAAGGGGGUGCAGGGGCCAGCGGAGCCGACGGCAGCACUUACAGCGUGUCUGUAUUCUCUUGUUCGUUUGCACUCCGAAGACGUGGUCCUGAGCCAUGAAGUCUGGGACAACGUGAUGAAAGGAUGUUCCUCUCUUUCCCAAAGAAAAGCUCUGGAGUAUCUGAACACGGGUAGGGCUGGCCCAGGGGAGACCCUCAGCUGCAGCCCCCCCGGUGCUCUGCAGUGUGUUCCUCCCUCCCAGCAGGACUGUGUGAGCUCUGCCUUUCCAGGUCCUGUGUGGGAGCCUUUGCUCCUGGCACCCUCAUUCCAUAGGGAAUGCAUCCCUUGGCACCGCAGUAUGAGAGAGGCUGGGAUGGGCAAGUAUGAAGGAAAGGAUUUGACUCCUGAAAAUUCACCUUCAGAGCAGAGGCACAGAAUCUGUGGCUUCCACAGGCUGUUCUACACAGACAUGAGUUACAAAAAAGGUGUGUGGAGGGUCAGGGGCCUUGAGCUGGUCAGGGUUUGGUGUCGUGCCUCAGUUUCCCCUCUGUGAAAGGGACCUGGAUUGUCACAUGCUGUCUGCUCGGAGCAGGAGCACAAGGAUCUGUUAAUGCAUUGGUUGCAGAGAGCUUUGCAGCUGUAAAUGCCAAGGAUCUAUAAACAGGGAGGGGGGUGGUUGGGAUGCUCACAAUGGGGGGGAGCUUCCCGGUGAGCGUGGCUGUGUCGGGGAAGCUGCCAGUCCUCCUCUGCCACUGUUCCCAAGAGUGGGAACAGCUCCAGGCUUAGGGGCCUUCCUGAGCCCAGCACCAUUCCAGAACUUCACCUCACAACUUCUCACCGCUGUAGUGAAACACCACGGUGCUGCCUGGGCCAGGCCAGGCCCCUGCUGUGGGAGUUGUGUCACUUGGGCUUGGGCCAGGGCGAGGAUGGGCCUGGGAAGGGCUCAGUUUCCCUUUCAGGAUAAUGGUGUCUCACCUAAGAAGCGUCACUUCCCUGUCUGCAGCCCGUAGUCCCCUGUGUCCUGUGCAGCCUUAUUAAAAUACUGAUAUUCCCUAGGGGGGGGGGGGGAGCAAAUUAAUCGGUUUUUAUUUUAUUUUCCUCCUCUUCAGGGUAGCAGAUUUCCCUGGUGCAAUAAUUCCUUUAAAACCCAAAGGGGAAGAGCACUGGGCUUUCCCUCCCUCUUACAGGGCUGGCUGGUCCCAAACCUCCCUCUGCUGCCACACUCCACUCCUUUUGCCGUGCCUCAGUUUCCCUGCCCAGCCCUCCCCUCCCUACCUCGGGGGUGUUGGGAAUUACCGUUUCUGAAGCACUUUGAAGCCCUCUGGGGGGAAGGCACUGGAGACAUGCGUGUGCUGGUCGGGGCCCGGGGGACUUGUCCUUCCUAAAACCCCAGAGGUGUCCCCACCGCGGCCGCAAUGCAGGACUCGUGCCCAUCACCUGGGAAACUUUUUGCUCUUCCUUCCUCGACAGUAUAACAACCCUCAAACUGAAAUGUAUAUUUUUGCUAGAAGUACAAACCUCCAAGUGUUUUUAAUAAUAUAAAUAGUGUCCACAAACUGACUUGACUUUAAAUAAAUCUGAACUAAAUAUUUAAGAAAC